AUGGCCGCUGUUGCCGUGCGACGCCCGCAGGACUUCCCCGAGGCAGGCCGGUUAUCUGGCCUGAAGUCAUGUGCGGCCAGCUGCAGCCAAGGACGCAUGCGCAGGCCGCGACAGGUUGCUCCUGCCGGCUGGACAAUGUGUGAAUGUGAGGCAGACAAGGAGUGGGUUCUUUGCGACCGAGUUGAAGCUAUGGCGGCCGAGAUGGCCGAGACCUUGCAAAAGCACCUCCGAGACACGAAGGACAUGGACACAAGCUGUACUCAGGUUCCUGAGAAGGAUCGUGUCUCCGAUGUUGCCAUGAAGAAGAUGGCAUUGGCUAGCUGUGCGGACGCGCAAUUCGAAGCAGAAGUGGGCAUGGAGGAGGAUGAUGCAAGUGAAGCCCAGGAUGCCUCUGAAAUGGAGGCACUGGAGGAACCUUCGACGGAGACAAAGCUUCAAACGAAGUGCUCUGAUGCAAAAGGUACGAAGGAAGAUCUCCGUGCGGCCAAGAAAACCCGUGCCGAGAGGAAAGCCGCCUGGAGAGCCUCCCAGAAGGCUUUGGAGGGCGAUGGGCACAAGGAGGUGGAAGAGAGCCUGAACGGCAAAGCGCGUGGUAAAGCACGGCGAAGCCGCAGGGACCAGUGA